UGUUCCCACACCCAUACAGUGCCGUCAGUCUGACGUCUUUUCCUUAAAAGGUCAAGGCAUGGCGAGUCAUAUAAUAGCCGAAAUACGCAACGAAGAUGAAUAAAUUGACCGCACAGAAGGUGUGUCUGCUAGAUUGCGACAAACCUCCAGGCAUUACACAUAGUAAUGACGGCCACAUCUGAACAUCUCCAAGUCUUUGCACCCCUCAGUUGGGCCACACCAUACCUUACAUCUCCCAAAUGGAUGGUUUGCGACCGCGAACGAGGGUCCGAGCCUGGGGAAGACACGGACCGAUUCUGUCGCGACACAAUGCGCGCAAACCACGGUGUGCAAUACUGGGUCGAGCUACACGAACAGCCUAGUAAUCCCGGCGGAAAAAUUACAAAGUCAAUUUCUCUGGUAAAGUUUGGCACGGGCCUAAACGGUUUUCCUGGUAUCUGCCAUGGAGGCGCACUCUUUACGCUUAUGGACGAAGCAAUGUGCUACAUUGUUGUUGCGAACACGGUGGUUGAGCACGGCGUUGCAUUCAUGAAGGCUGGUGAAGACCAAUGGCGACUACAGCUUUUCCACGGUAAAUCGGCACAAGAGGUUCUUAAGGGUCGUUUGGUAACGGCAAGCAUGGACACCAAACUGCUAGCCCCGGUACUUUGUCCAGGUAUCGUUGGCAUUGAGACCGAUGUUUUGGAAGAUAAGGGAAACAUGAUGCGGAUAAGAGCUAUUAUGAGGGAUCGACAGGGCAAGCCCGUCGUUAAAGCCGAGGGCUUGUGGGUGCGAGUCGGAGGUGCAGCAAAGUUGUGAUGACGAUCAGCUGCAAGGGACCAAGGUGUGUCUAAACGGCGCACACGCAUAUAGUCAAUGUAAUGGUUCCUGGAGGUCGGCGUGCAGGCCAGUUUGUCCUUCC